AUGGCAACACUAGGAGAUAUUGGAGUAGCGGCGGCAAUCAACAUACUCACAGCCAUCAUCUUCCUUUUGGCAUUUGCAAUCUUGAGGAUCCAACCAUUCAACGAUAGGGUUUAUUUCCCUAAUUGGUAUCUGAAAGGUAUUCGAAGCAGUCCUCUGCAUUCAGGUGCUCUUGUGAGCAAGUUUGUGAAUCUAGACUUAGGCUCGUAUCUACGGUUCUUGAACUGGAGGCCCGCGGCUCUGAGGAUGCCUGAGCCAGAGCUUAUUCAUCAUGCCGGGUUAGAUUCUGCGGUGUACUUGAGGAUUCACUUGACAGGGCUUAAGAUCUUUGUACCGAUAGCAUUACUUGCGUGGUCGAUUCUUGUACCUGUAAAUUGGACAAGCGAUGGGCUGCAACUAGCAAAGCUACGUAAUGUAACAUCUAGUGAUAUUGAUAAGUUAUCUAUCUCAAAUAUGGAAGGAGGAUCAGACAGGUUUUGGACUCACCUAGUGAUGGCUUACGUUUUCACAUUCUGGACUUGUUAUGUUCUAAUGAAAGAGUAUGAGAACGUAGCUUCUCUGCGUUUGACAUUUCUCCAGUCGGAGCAGAGGCGUCCUGAUCAAUUCACGGUUUUGGUUAGGAACGUACCAGCGGAUCCAGAUGAGACCAUUAGUGAAAGUGUGGAACAUUUCUUCAUGGUUAACCAUCCAGACCAUUAUCUUACACAUCAGGUUGUUUACGAUGCAAACGAUUUGGCGGAUUUAGUAGAGAAGAAGAAGAGCAUGCAAAACUGGCUUGACUAUUACCAGUUGAAGCAUAUAAGGAACAAGGAUCAAAGGCCAAGGUUAAAGACAGGUUUUCUCGGGCUAUGGGGAGAGAAAGUAGACGCCAUUGAUCAUUACAUAGCUGAAAUCGAGAAAGUAAACAAGGAAAUAGCAGAAGAAAGGAAGAAGGUAAAGAAAGAUGACGAGAACGUAAUGCCAGCAGCUUUUGUCUCUUUCAAAACACGUUGGGGUGCUGCGGUCUGUGCACAGACACAACAGUCGAGAAAUCCGACAGAAUGGUUAUCCGAAUGGGCUCCAGAGGCGAGAGAAGUGUUUUGGUCAAACCUAGCUAUACCUUACGUCUCAUUAACAGUAAGGAGGCUUGUAAUGCACGUUGCCUUCUUCUUCCUCACAUUCUUCUUCAUGAUUCCAAUAGCCUUUGUUCAAUCCUUAGCAAGCAUCGAAGGCAUCGAGAAAUCAGCUCCUUUCCUCACAACCCUCGUGGAGAAGGAUCUAGUUAAAUCAUUUAUCCAAGGGUUUCUUCCUGGUAUUGUGUUGAAGCUCUUUAUAAUAUUCCUGCCAAGCAUCUUGAUGGUCAUGUCCAAGUUCGAAGGGUUUGUUUCGUUAUCAUCGUUAGAGAGAAGAGCUGCUUUUCGGUAUUAUAUCUUCAACCUCGUUAAUGUCUUCCUCGGAAGCAUUGUCACCGGCUCUGCUUUUGAACAGCUCGAUUCUUUCCUCAAACAAUCUGCAAAUCAGAUUCCUAAGACAGUUGGAGUAGCGAUACCGAUAAAAGCGACGUUUUUUAUAACGUUUAUAAUGGUUGAUGGUUGGGCUGGCGUUGCGGGGGAGAUUCUGAGGCUGAAGCCUUUGAUCUUCUUCCAUGUCAAGAACUUCUUCUUGGUGAAAACAGAGAAGGACAGAGAAGAAGCUAUGAAUCCAGGACAGAUCAAUUUUCAUGCGACAGAGCCUCGGAUUCAACUCUACUUCCUCCUCGGUCUUGUCUAUGCUCCGGUCACUCCUGUUCUUCUCCCUUUCAUUAUCAUCUUCUUCGCUUUGGCUUACCUCGUCUUUCGUCACCAGAUCAUAAAUGUGUACAAUCAGGAAUACGAAAGUGCAGCUGCGUUCUGGCCAGAUGUUCAUGGACGUGUGAUAUCGGCGUUGAUCAUCUCGCAGAUCCUUUUGAUGGGAUUGAUGAGCACUAAGCGAGCAGCUCAGUCCACUCCUUUCCUCAUCGCCUUACCGAUUCUAACCUUUUUCUUCCACCGGUUCUGCAAAGGCCGGUAUGAAUCGGCAUUUGUACGUUAUCCGUUGCAGGAAGCUAUGAUCAAAGAUACAUUGGAACGAGCCAGAGAACCGAACUUUAAUUUGAAGCCUUAUCUUAAGAAAGCAUAUAUUCAUCCGGUAUUCAAAGACGACGAGUAUGAAGAUGGUCGGUCUGAGGUUUCCGGUUCUUGUUUCGAUGAUUUGGACGAAGAAUGUGUUACUGUGCCGACCAAACGUCAGUCAAGGAAAACUACGCCGGCGGUUAGUCAUGCUAGCCGCGAUUCUCCGAUUUCACCGUCAAAUGUAUAA